AUGGCAGGUGCUUUGAAGGAAGUUGCCUCGGCUGCAGUACAGGCCGCCAAGGGGGCGCUGGGGGAGUUGAGCGACAAGAUAUGGCGGAACCCGGAGCUGGGUUUUCAGGAGUACAAGGCCCACCAGCUCCUGACAGAGUUUCUGGAGGAGAGAGGGUUCAAGGUGGAGCGAGGGUUCUCUGGCUUGGAGACGGCUUUUAGGGCGACUUUCGGAGAGGGACGGCCGAACGUGUGCGUCAUAUGCGAGUAUGACGCUCUGCCGGGCAUUGGCCAUGCGUGUGGACACAACCUGAUAGCUGAGGCUGGGGUGGCUGCAGGGCUGGGGGUGAAGGCUGCCCUGGAGAAGGAGGGAGCACCCACAGGGACCCUGACCGUGAUGGGGACUCCGGCAGAGGAGGGGGGCGGGGGCAAAAUUGUCCUAAUCGACAACAGGGCUUUUUCUGACAUAGAUGUGGCUAUGAUGGUCCACCCUGCCCCUUACUCGGUGGUGAGACCAGGGUUCAUCGCUGUUUCCUGCCACAUUGCCAGUUUCACAGGCAAAGCCUCGCAUGCAGCCACCCACCCCUGGGAGGGAUCAACGCUCUAG